GUGUGCACGUGUGUGAACUCCUUAGUGUCUGUUGUAUUAGAGACACAGCUCCGCACACAGACACAGAAAAAAAAGUGAUGAGCAUAUAUAUGGCAAAGAGACAAUAUCAGAGAGUAUAAAAAGAAAAGGAGUGAUUGAAGAAGUGUAAGAAGAAGCGAAUAUUUUAUACCAAACAAAAUCGUUACAUUCAUAAUGAAUUUCCAGGUUGAGUGUCCCUUUCUGAUCAUUUGGCUGUUUCUGGGUUCUCUCUCUGGGGAUGAUACAGGAGGCAGCAAAUAUCUUGUGGAAAUUUCAGGACGCACUAUCACCGUCACAUGCCCAUCACACCUGUAUAAAGACGACAAUAAAGUAAAGUUUGUGAAAAAGGGAGUUGAAAAACCAGAACGUCAAGAUAAUGAUCAUUAUAUACUGGAAAACUACAGUGAGACCAAGAAUGGUGACUACGAGUGUUCUGAUUCCAAAGGAAAAAAAGAAUACUUGUUCCUGAAGGCUUAUGUUUGUGAACACUGCACGGAGAUAUCAGUUCCUGUGUUAGCUGGAGUCUUGAUUGGAGAUUGCAUGGUGACUCUUGGAGUUGCCCUUGCAGUCUAUUUUGGAUGUAAGAAAAAAUCUGGACUUCCAAGAGAUGGAGGACGAAAAAGAGUCGAAAACAAGGAACGCCCUCCACCUGUUCCUAACCCAGACUAUGAGCCAAUCAGGAAAGGAAAUCAAGACGUGUACAAUGGACUAGAGCGCAAUUUCAAAUAACAGAUUUUGAAAGAUUGCUGCAUAUUUUUUUCUUCUUCUUAUGCUAUAUUUGUCUGUUUCCUGCUUGUAUAAACUGUAGCAUAGUCAUUCACAAUAGUAAAAUGAUAUUCAGAAUAAUAAUAUUCUACAUAAUAGGUAAAUGUCAUCUGCUUUUGUCUACAUAGUUGCUGUAUACAAUAUUCAAAGUGCAAUGUUUAGAUGGGAAAUUUAAA